CCUCCCGCCGUACUCUCGCGAGAACAGCUCCCGGCCCUCUCUGCGAGCCGAGAUUUUACCCAAUAUGGAACCUGCCCGCGGGAGGGGUUUGAUGAGGAGAGACGACGGGAGGAGCAAUUCUCGCGAGAAGAGAGCAACAGCUGGCCCGCAGAGGCAGGAACUCCUAGGGACUACCCUUAAGGGCGCGAAGGCGGACCCGGGAAGGGGAUAAACUGACACCACAUGCCGCGUGCGCCCCACCGUGGUCGGCGGGACAAAUGCCUGGCUCCCUGGUGGAAAGCGACUUUGACAAACAAGGUGUUGGGAAAAGAGCCAAAAGACCUUUGAACUGCGGGUAGUCACCAGCAGCCGAGCACCUGCUCAGCAGAACCGCCAAUUUCCAAGAAAUUACUUGCAUAAGAAAGAAAAAGUCAGAAAGCUGUUGCAGUCUCAUCUUCUCAAGGACAUAUGGCUUACUCUUCGGAAUUCUGACGAAAUCUGUCCCAAAGGGUCGUCGGGAGACUUACGUGAAUUACAGCCCGGGAAGUGCGGGGCGCGAGGCCGGGUAUCAGGGAGCCGUCGAGAGCCGAGGGCUGGGUGACACAGGUAGCCACGGCCCAGGUAGGCUUCUCCCUGCGCCCCACCCCGGCUGCCCAGGCUCCACUUCCUCGCCCGCGCUCUCGUCCCCCGCCCGCCAGAACGCCCGCGGGCUCGGCCGCAACGGCUCGGGAACCGCCGGCAUCCGCCGGCAUCCGCGUCCACGGCGCCGCCGGCCAGGCCGGAGCUGCGUCCGGCUCCAGCGCCCGCCCUCCCGCCGCGGCCCGGGAGCCAGGAAUGACGCAACCAGAGAGGCGCUUCCAGAGUUUUGGCUCUAGAUAUAGGCAAAAUUCUUUCACUUAUGAUGUGAAGCGAGAUGUGUACAAUGAGGAGACCUUUCAACAGGAACACAGAAGGAAGACCGCUUCCUCUGGGAACUUGGACAUCGACAUCAGCACUGUCAGUCACCAUGUCCAGUGCCGCUGCUCUUGGCACAAGUUCCGAAGAUGCAUACUUACAGUCUUUCCCUUCCUAGAGUGGAUGUGUUUUUAUCGAUUCAAGGAUUGGCUUCUUGGAGACUUACUUGCUGGGAUAAGUGUUGGCCUUGUGCAAGUUCCCCAAGGCUUGACGUUUGGUUUGUUGGCAAGGCAACUGGUUCCUCCUCUCAAUGUCUCUUAUGCAGCUUUCUGUGCUUCAGUAAUUUAUGGAAUUUUUGGAUCAUGUCAUCAAAUGUCCAUUGGUACAUUCUUCCUUGUGAGUGCUUUGACGAUCAAUGUCCUGCGGACAUACCCAUUCAACAGUGGCCACCUAAUACUGGGAACUUUCAUCAAGGAUGACUUUUCUAACCUCUCCUUCUUUGAGAACUAUAACAGAUCCUUGAGUGUGGUGGCAUCCACAACUUUGCUGACUGGGAUUAUUCAGCUAUCAAUGGGCAUGUUAGGUUUUGGCUUCAUGAUCACUUACAUUCCGGAGGCUACAAUCAGUGCUUACCUGGCUGCCACGGCACUACACAUUAUGCUGUCCCAGUUGACCUGCAUUUUCGGGAUUAUGAUUAGUUUCCAUUCUGGCCCCUUCUCCUUCUUCUAUAACAUAAUUAACUACUGUAUAGGUCUCCCCAAAGCUAAUUCCACCAGCAUCCUACUAUUUCUAACUGCUGUUGUUGCCCUGAGAAUCAACAAAUGUAUCAGAAUUUCCUUCAAUCAGUACCCCAUUGAGUUUCCCAUGGAAAUUUUUCUGAUUCUUGGCUUCACUGCAUUUGCAAACAAGAUAAACAUGGCCACAGAAAACAGCAAGAUGGUCAUUGAUAUGAUUCCUUAUAGCUUCCUAUUUCCUGUAACACCAGAUGUGAGCAAUCUUACUGAAGUUCUUUUAGAAGCAUCCUCCUUAGCUUUAGUGAGCUCCUCUCUGCUCAUGUUUCUGGGCAAGAAGAUUGCCAGUUUCCAUAACUAUGAUGUCAAUUCCAACCAGGAUUUAAUAGCCAUUGGCCUUUGCAAUGUCGUCAGUUCAUUUUUCAGAUCUUAUGUGUUUACUGGUGCUGUUGUCAGGGCUAUUAUCCAAGAUAAAGCUGGAGGAAGACAACAGUUUGCAUCUCUGGUAGGCGCAGGUGUGAUGCUGCUCUUGAUGGUGAAGGUGGGACGCUUUUUCUACAGACUGCCAAAUGCUGUGCUGGCUGGUAUUAUGCUGAGCAACGUCCUACCCUACCUUGAAACUGUUUACAACCUACCCAGUCUGUGGAGGCAGAACCAAUAUGACUGUCUCAUUUGGAUGGUGACCUUCAUGUCUGCAAUUUUACUGGGAUUGGACAUUGGACUACUUGUUUCAGUAGCUUUUACCUUCUUUAUCAUCACCGUUCAGUCACACAGAACUAAGGUUCUCCUCCUGGGUCAGAUCCCUAACACCAAUAUUUAUAGAAGCUUCCAUGACUAUCGCGAGGUUACAAACAUUCCAGGGGUGAAGAUCUUCCAGUGCUGCAACUCCAUUACAUUUGUCAAUGUGCACUACCUAAAGCACAAGCUGUUGGAGGAGGUUGAAAUGGUAAAGGUGCCUCUUACAGAAGAAGAAGUCUACGGCCUGUUUAAUCAAAAUGAAGAUGGCUCACAGCGAGGAAAGAUUUGUCAGUGUUUCUGCAACUGUGAUGAACCCGAGCCACCGCCCAGGGUUGUUUACACAGAACGAUUUGAAAGUAAACGGGGCCGCAACUCAUCCUCCAUUAACCUGGUCCGCUGCUCACGUUUGGAGAACAUGGACACAAGCCAGACUAUGUCCGAUGACCAAGUACCGUACAUAACAUCUCCCACAUCGCAGAGAAAUCCAAACUCUGAGGAGGUGGAGAAGGUUUGGCUCUCUGAUGACCCCUCUAGGAGCGUGUCGAUCACACUCCCUGACACUUCUGAAACUCAGGUCCGGGGUAGAACACUCCUGCCUUACUCAACUUCAUCUCUUCCACCCAGCAUCCACACCAUCAUCCUGGACUUCUCCAUGGUACAUCUUGUGGAUGCACGGGCUUUGGUCGUAUUAAGACAGAUGUUCAAUGCUUUCCAAAAUGCCAACAUCUUGGUGCUAAUUGCAGGUUGUCACUCUUCUGUGGUCAGGGCAUUUGAGAAGAAUGAUUUCUUUGACGCUGGCAUCACCAAAGCCCAGCUGUUCCUCACCCUCCACGACGCCGUGCUGUUUGCUUUGUCAAGGAAGUUGCCAGAGUCCUCCGAGUUAAGUGUGGAUGAAUCAGAGACAGUGAUACAAGAAACCUACUCAGAAACAGACAAGAAAGAAGAAUCAAAACAUAAAAUGAGCAGCCAUCUUAUAGAAGCCCCCAGAAGUAAAAGUCCAGGCUUCACCAUACUCCAGGACCCAGUAACAGAGGAGGAAUCAGAGCUAGACUUGGAUCUGUAUCCCAUGCAGGAGUCAGAACAAGAGACUGGGCUAGAUCUGGACCUAGACCUGGAUCACGAGAUGGAGCCUGAGUCAGAGCUGGAGCCUGAAUCUGAACUGUAUCCAGAGACAGAGCCCGAGCCUGAGCCCACAUCCAGGUCAAGGGCUCGGCAGCAGUACUGGCCUCUGUGUCAGUCUAUCAUCACUCCCAAAUCUCCACCUCAGACUCAGCCUAGGACGUCAGUAGAGAGGAGGCAUCAAGUUAGGAAUUCAUUUACAUCCCAGGGCAAUGCCAGUGAGGAUACUUUGGAGAUGAGCUAGGAAUGAGGGGUCAGUUUCCCUCGGCAAAUCCUCCCCACCCAAAUGGGGCCACUUGGUCUGGAGACACAGGCUAGUUACAGACUAGCCGUGCUUGCUUUGGGACUCCUCCACCUGCUGGCCUUUUUCCUUGCUCAGCGCUGGGAUCUCACUCCCAGAUCAUGAUGCUAAACACCGAGGAUUAUCUCUGAGUUCCUCAUCCAGGCUCACUUCACCUUCAGCAGAUGUUCCACUGAAGAGUUUCCUUCUUCACACCCCUCACCUCUGCACUUUUUUUUUUUCCAGACCAUCUCUAACUUAUUCCUCUCAUCUCUGUUCCCCUUUCUCUAAAGAGAUAAGGCUCAAAUAAAAUACAUAACUCUAGCUACGGUUGGACCCUUCCUGCAUCUUCUCCCUUUUCUGUAUUCUGUAUGCUGAAGGAAAUGUCAGUGGAAGAAAUUCUGGAAGUAGGUAGACACGCGGGGAAGAGAUGAGCAAGAAAAAGAAAAACUGUGUAGCAUUUGUACUUUAUAUAAGUUAUCUUCACUUCACUGAUGCAGUGGGAAAUAUGGGGGAAAAGGGCAGGUUAAGUUAGGCCAGCCUGGGAUGUCCCUGUCAGUCCAGUGGUUAAGACUCCAUGCUUCCACUGCAGGGGGCACGGGUUCAAUCCCUGGUCAGGGAACUGAGAUCCCACAUGCUGCACAAUGCAGCAAAAAAAAAAAAAAAAAAGAGGGAGGCCAGCCUGUGAAGGCUUGUAAUACAAAGAACUGUUAGGCUGAAAGCACUUUUGCCAUCACUGCAAGGUCAGGAUCUUAUCCUGACACUGUUUCAGAAGGGCAGUAAGCCGUACCACUUGAUGACAAUGUUAGCUCUAUAUAACUCCCCCUAGUCUUCAGAUCACAUUCACCAUUGAUUCUUUCUUACAGAUUUUUAAGAUACGGGCAAUCUAGAAUCUGUACUCUUGGUGGGCCAAACUUAGCUAAAAUCUGUGAUAGACACAAACCCCUCAGGAACUGGCAGUCAAUCAAAUCACUAGUUUGGUCCAAAUUCAUUUUAAAAAAAUUCCCCUCCUCCAUUAAAAAAAAUCUAAUAUAAAGGUACAACCUGAAGAGAAAUAUAAACCCCUGGGCAAAGGCAUAUGGAAUACUGAAUUUUAUUUCCUACUCAGUAAACAAGAU